AUGCGACCAAAAAGAGCAAAACAGUAUAAACGUCUUAUGACAUUAUAUAAUAUUUCUUAUGGAUUUAGAGAACCUUAUCAAGUACUAGUUGAUUAUGAUUUUAUAAAUAUAGCUUUACGUUAUAAAAUGGAUAUAUGUAAACAGUUAAAUAAUGUUAUGAUGGGAAAUACUAAACAAAUGUACACGUCUUGUACUUUAAAUGAAUUAAGAAAACAAGGAGGAAAAGAUGAGUUUGGUACAGAGGAUGCAUUAAUACAACUUGAAAGACGUAAUUGUUUUCAUCAACGUAAACCUGUGUCUAGCGCAGAAUGUUUAGCUUCAAUUAUAGAAAAAGAUAAUCCUCAUAAUUAUUGUGUCGCGACUCAAAAUGAUUCACUUCGCGAGUUGUUUCGUAAUGUUCCAGGUGUUCCAUUAUUAUAUAUUAAGAGAUCAGUUUUAAUAAUUGAACCAGCCUCACGUAUAACAUUGGAAAAAUCUAAACAAAUUGAAAUGGAAAAAACAAAACCAUCAAACGAAGAAAUUUCAUUUUUGACAAAUGCCAAUUCCGAUAUAUUAUUGUUGAAAAAAUCAACAAUGGACGGAUCAGAAGAAAAAAAGAAAAAUAAGCGUAAAGGUCCCAAACAACCAAAUCCUUUAAGUUUAAAUGUUGGUGGAGGUGGUGGUAAUGAAAUAAAGAUGGCUGAAUUUAAUAAUGAUAUACAACAAUGA